CGGACAGGAGCGCGGUGGCCCGGUGGACGGGAGCCGGAGGAGGCUGUGGGAGGUGGUGGCGGCGGCGGCGCGGAGGAGGAGGCGGAGGAGAAGCGGGUGAGGGGCGGCGCGGGGUCCCACCUCUGAGCCCUCUCUGGCCCCCGCCCCGCGCCGCCUUGCUCCCAGUCGCCCUCAGUCCCGACUGGCCCCCGCCCCGGUCCCUCCUCACGUGCAGGCUCCCAAGUCCCCCGGCCCUUCCUCAGGCCUCGGGCUCCUGUGGGGGCCGCAGCCCCUUCUCUGUGCUUCUUCUGGCACCCGCCGGCCCCUCCUUGCGCCCCAGGCAUCCCGAGACUCUCCCUGUCUCAGCCCUUCCCCCGAACCCCGCUGCCGCCUCAGAUCCUCCCCUGGAAAGCCGGGGCUUCCCCCUGGCCCAGUUCUCCUGACCCUUGCCUUCCCCUGUCAGGCUCUCUCCGGCACCCCAAGACCGCCUCCUGUCUCGCCCCUUUCCCGUCCCAGGCCUUCGCUGAGAGCCCUCGCCAUCUCCCCAGGUCCCCCUGGCGCCCCAGUUUCCUGUCUCGCGGCUUCCUUGUGCCGCUCUCUGCGCCCUCGGGAUCCCUCAGCUCCUCCAGCACCCCCCCGGCUCCCCUUGACAUUCUGAGGAUCCCUCGUGUACUCCAGGUCCCAGCACACCCCGGCCCCUCCUCCGCGCCCAGCUGAGCCGGCUCUGAGACCGGCCUCUUACCACAGGCCCCUGGCUGCUUCCGGCCCGUGCCCCCCUUCCGUCCCCUCCCUCUUUUCUAGACCCUGGCUCCCCUUCCUGGUGUCCUCCGUGGACUCCUGAGCUGUCUAGGUGUGGGUGUCCCGUGGGCAGUCCACAGCAUGCCCCUCCCCGCUUUCCCCUCCCCCCUUUGUCCUCUGCACCCCCUCCCGCAGAGCCCUUGAGGGGAGCAGGUGCGGCUGUCUCCCUCCCCUUUGCCUCCCCCCCCUCCCCCCCCCCCCCCCCGCAGGCUGCCUGGGGCCUCCCUAGCUCUCAGUCCCGAGGGCUGUGGGGUACAGGGGGAGGAGCAGCCCAGCGUGUCCCCUGCCUCCGCCUCAGGCCUGGGGCAGCGCAGAGCCCUCCUACUUCAAACCACCUAUUAGCUGGUCGCCAGGACAGCGGGGCCACGUGUGCUGCGUGUGUGGAUGCGGAGGGUCAGCCUGCUCCUGGGCCUCUGUCCCAUCAGGCAUCAGGAGCGAGAUUCUGAUGGUGCUUCCCGGUGUGCUGGGGGGCUUUCUGCUCUCUGCCUGGAGGACUUGUUGAUCUCAUCCUCGCCCUGCACUGCUUCCCCCCUCCCCAGUUUAGCCGAGGACACAAGGCCAGGCCAGUUGCAUGUGCCCCGUUUAAGUGGCACCUGCCUCGCCAGCACCCCCAGCACAGCUUGCCAGUGCCCCCUACCCACUGCGGGAGGCAGCAUGGUCUGGGGUCACCAUGGGGCCCGACAGAGUGACUGCGCGGGAGCUGUGUGAGAACGACGACCUGGCCACCAGUCUGGUCCUGGACCCCUACCUGGGCUUCCGCACCCAUAAGAUGAACGUCAGCCCUGUGCCGCCUUUGCGGCGACAGCAGCACCUGCGCUCAGCGCUGGAGGCCUUCCUGAGGCAGCGGGACCUGGAGGCCGCGUUCCGGGCCCUGACACGGGGAGGCUGGAUGGCCCACUACUUCCAGAGCCGGGGCCCACGGCAGGAGGCCGCCCUCAAGACCCACAUCUACCGCUACCUCCGCGCCUUCCUGCCUGAGAGUGGCUUCACCAUCCUGCCCUGUACCCGCUAUUCCAUGGAGACCAACGGCGCCAAGAUAGUGUCCACGCGGGCUUGGAAGAAGAAUGAGAAGCUGGAACUGCUGGUGGGCUGCGUCGCUGAGCUGCGCGAGGCGGAUGAGGGGCUGCUGCGUGCCGGCGAGAAUGACUUCAGCAUCAUGUACUCCACCCGCAAGCGCAGUGCACAGCUGUGGCUCGGCCCGGCAGCCUUCAUCAACCAUGACUGCAAGCCCAACUGCAAGUUUGUACCCGCAGAUGGAAAUGCUGCAUGUGUGAAGGUGCUGCGAGACAUCGAGCCGGGCGAUGAGGUGACCUGCUUCUACGGCGACGGCUUCUUCGGGGAAAAGAACGAACACUGUGAAUGUUACACUUGUGAGAGGAAAGGCGAAGGUGCUUUCAGGUUGCAUCCUCGGGAACCCCAGCCGCCUCGGCCCCCAGACAAAUACGAGCUGCGGGAGACCAAGCGUCGGCUGCAAGGCCUCCUGGGCCCCCGCGCCUGCACCCACCUGUCCCCACGGCAUGGGCACCGCGACUCCUGCAUGCUCUGCCAGCCCUUGCGGCCCCCGUCCUGCAGCUGCCGCCCUGACACCUCCCCGCUCUGGCUCCAGUGGCUGCCACAGCCCCAGCUUCUGGUGCAGCCUCGGAAUUACCGGCGUCCCCGGAAGUGCCGGCGCCCCCAGCCCCAGCGAGCCACUGUGGCACUCCCUGUUCUCCCAGCCACCCGCGUCUCCCUGCACCCAUGGGGAGGUUGUGGGCCCCACUGCCGCCUGCAGGGCGAGGCCCGGGUAGCCCUGAGCCGAGCGGCCAUUCCCAGCUGGACCCCACAGCAUGACUGGCACUGGGCACGGCGCUAUGGGCUGCCUUAUGUGCUGCGCGUGGACCUGAGCCGGUCUGGGCCCACACCCACCAUUCCCACACCUGCCAGCUACCCAGUCCCUGUUCCUGUCCCCAAGCAGGCCCUGGCCUUCGCCCCCUUCUCCCCACCCAAGCGCCUGCGACUGGUGGUCAGCCACGGCUCCAUUGACCUGGAUGUCCACGGUGAGGGUCCUUGACACCUAUGCCAGGAGACCCUUGCUCUGGGUCUUGGUGGAGCAAAAGCCACUGGAGGGAGCCUACCCUGACCCCAGCACAGCUCUGAACCACUGGUGGCUAUUUCUGGGAGACCCCAGCUCUGCCCCUGUCCUCCUGUGACUGCUGACCCCAGAGCCACCCAGCAGCGGGGACCCCUAGCUAGGCUGCCCUCCCAGGGAGCAAAGCCAUAGGGGCAAGGCUGACAAGGGCUCCCUGGAGACUCUUAGGGGGGCAGGGCUGACAUGUCAGGGUGCAUCUGCAGCACCCCUGGCAGGUCUCAGGGAGGCUGGUUCGACCUCAUCUUUCUUAUGGUGCUGCCCCUGGUGCUACUGGAGUGUGGGGGCUCGGAAGCAUUUGAACUUUUUAUUAAAACCUUGUUAU